UCCACCAAACCCGCAGUCGCCCCGCCGUGCUCGUGCCUCGCUCGCUCACAUCGCAUCCGCGAAGCUGCGGGGGAGCGCCUCGCCGCCUUCGGCGACAACCGGCGAGAAGCUCCGUCGAAGGACCUGCUCCUUGCUUCUUCUCGUAAUCUGGGCACGCAGCUCCGUUGACGAAUCCACCGGCUGCCUCAACACCUCCUCCGACGCCAAACCCUAGUCUGGGCUGGCGGGUCCAGCACCGUCGCCUACUCAAGGAGCUCUGCAGUAAAGGAAGUGUAUAGUCACCAUGGUUCAUUUCAAGAAUAGGUACAUGGUGGUGGAGGUCUUUAUAGAUGCAGCUAGAGGUGAACAGGACCCUGUAAUCCUCACCCAAUUUAAUAUAACAAAAGUUAUAAGGGACAGCAUUCAGCUCAACUUCGGGGAGUGUGGCCUAGCUGGAUCUCUUGGAUCAUUGCAAGUUAAGUAUGUUAAUCCUGUAACAAAGCUCUGCAUUGUCCGUGUAUCACGUGAAGACCACCAGAAAGUUUGGGCUGCUAUGACAAUGGUGAGGUGCAUUGGGAAGAUCCCUGUUGCAUUCAACUUGCUCGACAUGAGUGGAAGCAUCAGGGCUUGCAAGAAAGCUGCGCUGGAGUGUGAUGAAGCGAAAUUUGAACAAUACAAGGUGGCUGCUGGUGAUCGUAUCACGGCAGAGAUCAUCCAGUCGGUAGAGAGCUGCUUUGAGAAGAUUAGAGGACUAGAGAGCUAGCAAAAAGAAAAAACUAUCUCCCCUCCUGUUUUUGUUUCGUUAUCUCUGCCCCUAAACGAAAUUAAAGGAUGAAACGGCACAUUCAGCCAUCUAGCAUUGAGCGCACACCUUUGUAUGGUCUGAAGAGUGAAAGAGGGAGGAACUUGUAUAUAUUUGCAUCGCUGAUAUUUGAUAUUCAGUUGGUCCCGAAAUGAAGGGAAAGGAGGUGUUUCAUUCUCUCU